UCCUCCCCUCUUCCCUCUCCCACCCCUCCCCCUCCUCUUUUUUUCCCUCGACAACCCCUUUCUGCUUUUCCAACCUAUGCUGCAUAUUAUUUCCCGGGGAGCAGGUUCCUCCUUGCUGAGGCCGGCCCUCCGGUCCCGGCCGUCGUCUUGGCUGUCCAGCCGCCUCUCCCCCUUCGCAUCUUUCUCCACGGCCUCCGGUGAUGAAAAGGAGAACGAGCCCCCCCCCCAGCCGGUGGCGACGUUGAAGGAAGCCGCGGCGGCCGCCCUGCAGGCAUCCAUCGACAAGGGUCCGCCCUACGCCCCGGGCACAUCGCCGGUUUUUCUGGCCGGGCGAAACACCAAUGUCGACUGGUCCAAGGUGGACAUGGCUUCACUGCCGGAGGACCGGCCCUUGACUUCCGUGUAUGAAGUGGGCUCCGAGGCCCACAUCCAGUUUGUCCAUGAGCUGAAGGAUGUGCUGUGGGACAAGCUGAACAAGAUCGCCAGCGAGAAGAAUGACGGCCAGCCGCCACCCAUGACCAUGGACCAGUGUCUGGAAAGGGACUACCGCCCGGGCCACACCACGUUGGACGAUUUCCUUGUCGUGCCGCGCAUCUUCCCCAGCCAGGCCGAUCUCGAAGUCAACCCGGAUGGCAGCCCGGACUACGGGCGCAAGCACCAACUGUCCAGCUUCCUGCCCUCGGAGCCGCAAUACCACCAUGUCCCCACCGACAUUCCCUACUCCUACAGCGAGCUGGUCCAAAUGGAGGAGGCCAUGAUCCGGGAGAAUCCCUCCAUCACGCUGGACCAGUUGGUUCAGCGGUUUUUCGAAAUCUGCGACUACCCCAAUCGCUUUGCCACGCUGGUGCGAUCCAUCCCCGGGCUGUCGCGCGAGCAGCUGGUCGAAUUUUCGCGCGCCAUGAGCCUGAAGGACUUCUUCCACCGCUACGAUGAGAACAGCUUCGAGCAAUGGCAGGCGGACUUCCCGCAUUUGUUGCACACCAUCCGCGGCUUGGGCGUUCCCCCGCGCGACGUUUUCGACUAUCUGAUGGAGAAUACGGCCGAUUGGCGGGAGGCCAUCAAGGCCGAGCCGGUGACCGAUCGGCGCAGCCCGGCCGAGCUUCUGCGAUCGCAUCAGUCCCAGCCGAUGACGCUGGCCGAUCAGGAGGCACACCGGCGCAUCGCCGAGUUCCCGGCCAGUUUUGACGACGAGGAGAAUUCGGUCCCCGAGCCGGAGGAGUUGCUCCGGCACGCGAUGUUCUUUGCCAACAUCUCGGUCGAACGCAUGGAGACCAUCCACCCGGACCGGGACUUUGACCCGGCCAGCUUGAAGACCUUGCAGGCCACGCCGCACGAGCCCCAGAAUUUGCUGCCGCCGGGCACCGAGCCGCCACCACACCCAUCCGAAGAGUGGCCGAUUGAUCGCAUCGAGGCGAUGGCCGCCAUCCUGGAGGUCUCUCCCUUGCGUCCGGAUGAUGACAACCUCUCGGACGUGGAUUUGUCCGACGACGAAUCGGGCGACGAAUUGCUGGACUCUAUCGAUGCGGCGUACCCCUCCGAGGCGGAUCUGCCGGUGCCGCACUUUUCCAUCCCGCCGGCCAUUCAGUCGGACGUGUCGGCCUUCACCGUCCCCGGCCCGGACGAGGAGCAGCCCGACGAGGCCACGGCUCGGCGUGAGGCUGUUUGGCGAGCUCCCGCCACGCCGAUCGAGGACAUGGACUCGAUCGGCGACUACCGGAGUUCCAUGACCCACCCUGUGAACAAGAUCAACUCGCUGGCGCGGCUGCCGCUGCUGCCGGAGGCCGAGUGGGCGGCCCCGGAGCCGAAGGACUUCCCGGCCCCGGCCCCGCGCCCGGUGGAAACGGAUGAGGAUCACUUCUCCUUCCACAUGUCCACGGUGCAGGACCUGACCGAUGACCCAAUGCACGAGGUGGAGCCCGACUCGCCGAAAAGUCCCUUCCUUCGGGAGGUGACCUUCCGCCAGAAGCAGUAUCAUGAGAAUGUCCUGGCGGUGGAUGUCUUCCUGAAUCUCUUCAUGCUGACGGGGUUCUUCCAAACCCCGGCCCAUGAUGACACGGUGCGCGAGUAUCCGGUUCCGGAUCCCCCGGUGGAUUUGUCCUACCGGUCGCGCUUCAUGGCCGGGGUGGAGUCGAUUGUCCGGCACAAUGCCGGGCUGCCCCUGACGCCGGAGAUUGUGCCGGAUCCGGUGGAGCGCCUGCGCCAGCUGGAGGGCGCCCAUCAUCAUGAGGACAUCGAUGACAUCGGCUUGGCCGGGCAUUCCGUGACCACUCCCAUCAUCAACACCGAUCCGUUGGCCCUGCUCAAGGCCCAGCCGCCGGGUGCCGCUCAGGCGGCUGCCCUCCGUCGCGAGGCCCAGGAGGAGGCUCUUGGCCAGGUGCGCCUGCGUCUGCCCGAGUCCCGGCCCGGGUCCGAGAUGGUGGGCGGCUUGACCUCGGAGGCGCCGGAGACCAUGCGCGAGUCGCAGGCCCGUGCGCUGCCGGUGAAUGCCGAGCUCCUGGCCAAGAUCCGGGCCCGCAUGCCGAAGGCCGUGGAAAAGGGCCGUACCCAGCUGCUGAUCUACACCUGUGCGGCGGAGGUCCCCAUCACCGACAUUGUGGACUACAUGAUGCAGCCUUCCACCCAUGCCAAUGAUAAGAAGGACCACCGCGAGUGUGGCCACCAGAAUGUGCGGUUCAUCUCGCCGGAGGCCUACACAUCCGGCUUGGUCAUUGCCCGAUGUGAGUCCUGCCGGAACUUGCACCUGGUGGCCGACAACCUGGGCUGGUUCAGUGAUCAGCACGGGCCGGACUCCACUGCCGGGCCGGCCAAGCCCAAGCGCCUGGAGGAGAUGCUCUCGGCCACUGGGCAGACGGUGCUCCGCCGGAUGGAGCUGGCGGCCGCCGGUUCGGAUGAGAUCCCCACCGAGCUGGCCGAGAAUGCGGCCCUCUACUCGCAGCUGCAGUCCUACAAGAUGAAGAAUCUGGUGCACAUUGACGACAUGGAUGAGUAGGUCCCCUCCGCCCCUCUGCCCCCCCCCCUCUUUGUCUUCUUUCCUGGCACUGUCCCUGCCCUGGUGGUAUGGCGGUGCUGCGGUAGCCACGUUGUUGCGUGGCGGUCUGGGGCUUUUGCUGUUUCCAUGCCGCUGCUGCGGCUCCCCGUGAGCUUUCCGAUGUGUCCAGGUGUGCCGCGCCGCGAGCCGGGGCCGAUAUUAGCCCCUUGGCGUGUUUUUAGAUUGUGUCAUAUCGCCCCACGGUGCCUGGCUGUGCUGGCCGCGGCGGCGGCAUGCACUUGGCCAUUUCGGGACUGCUCUACUUCUCUCUCUCCCCCUCGCCUUUCCUUCCUCCGUUUGCCCGCGGGCAUGUGCCUCUGUGCAUGUGUGUAGCCCCCUGCCCCUGUCCUCCUCCCCCCGCCGGGGUACCGCAGAAAGAGAAGGAGAAAGAGAGGCCGUAUGUUUGUGUCCUCUCCCCUCUGCCCGGUUGGCAAAAAUACAUCUUUAAUAUUUC